AGUGGCAAGUGGCAAGGCACCUGCAACUCUGCAAGACCUUUGUGUAACACAAAAACAAAUCAAACCCAUACACCGUAAAAAACCGCACUCGUGGACCAAAAGACCAGAUGCAACCGAAAUGACACACGACACUCACAAUCAUCGGCACCAGUUUUUGCAUCCGAUGGUACCGUGUUGUUGUUGUGUGUAAGCAAAUUCCAAUUCUCGCACCCAUGUUCGCAUUUUACUCCUCGAAUUGAAAUCUCGCUUCUGCAGUUAUCACGUUCCCAUCACCCUCAACAACAACAACAACAAAAAAAAAAACGAAAUUACCUUCAAAUUCUUCAAUCCCAAGCCAUUCACGAACCCCCCACCAACUUUCUCUCCGACCCUUUUCCCAAGUCGGAGAAAAGUUUUGUUUUUUCCUCAGAUCUCACGUUUUCCUCUUCGUUUUCCUUCACGGGUCGUGUCAAAAAAAAAAAAAAACCUUAUGUGAGAGUUUCAAAGGGAUCUUGGGGCAAUGUUAGGUGCGGUUCAGUUGGGGUUAUUAGCAGCAUGUGUGGUUCUCUUUGUGCCUAUGGGCAUGGCAGGGUGGCACUUGAGUCGCAACAAGGUUCUCUUCUUCAGUGGCGCACUUUUCAUAACUCUCGCAGUUGGUGUUCAUCUCACACCUUAUUUCCCUUCGGUCUCUGAUUUCGUCACAUCGGUUUCCUCGUCUUCCGUUAACGUUGUCGUGGACGAUCGCGAUUUGUGUGUUUCCUUGCUUCACGAUAUUGUCUGGGAGGUGAGACCAAGAAGGGUGUUUGACUUUGAGUUAAAUAAUAACAACAACAAUUCCGUGAAUUACGACAAGUCUUGGUCUUGGAAGAGAUCGGGUUCCGUGGAGUCGUGUGAGUUUCAGAGGCUUAAACGGCACGACGUUUCGGUUUUGCUUAAUGGGUCUUGGGUUGUGGUCGCUGGAGACUCGCAAGCUCGAAUCUUUACGUUGUCUUUGCUGAGUUUGGUUCUGGACUCGGAGGGUAUGGAAUCUGUUAAAGGGUCAUUGUUCAAGAGGCACAGUGAUUAUCACACUGUGGUUGAUGAGAUUGGGAUGAAGUUGGAUUUCAUGUGGGCACCUUAUGUAACCAAUUUGACUAGUUUGGUUGCUGGGUUUAAGAGGAAUCGCGUUUAUCCCGAUCUUUUGGUGAUGGGUUCUGGAUUGUGGCACAUGCUGCACUUCACCAAUGCUUCGGAUUAUGGUUUCUCUUUGGGGGUUUUGAGGAGUUCAGUGAAUUCAUUGCUGCCGGUGUCAUCGGAAUUUGGCAACGAUGAGGCAGAUGUGGCGGUUUCUGCAUCGGUCAGAUCUCCGUCUCCGCACUUGUUUUGGCUGGGGAUGCCAACUUUGGUGAACUCAAUGUUGAACACGAAUGAGAAGAGGGAGAAGAUGACUGAUCUAAUGUGGGGAGAAUAUGAAAGAGAGGUUCAGGGAAGUGGCAUGUUGAGGCAAUUUGGUGGUCCACUUCAACUGGUGGAUAUAGGGUCAUUGAGUUGGACUUGUGGGAUCAAGUGUACAGAUGAUGGGAUGCAUUAUGAUGGUGUUGUUUAUGAGGCUGGGGUUCAGAUUAUGUUGAAUGCAUUGCUUAUUGAAUCUCAUCAGAGGCUAUGAAGUUUGUAGCAUUGGUGUGGUUGCCCUCUUAGAAUGUGCUCAGCUCAGCUUCCCUCUGAAGGGGGAUUGUAUACGGUAGGACUCUCCAACGAUUUUGAUUAAUAGAAGUUGAGUUCUUCCAUCAUAUAGCUUGCAAAUUUUUGCCUGGUUUCUUCCCAGGCAUUAGAUUCAGUUAGUUUUAGAGUGAUUAUUAUUGUUAUAGUAUACCACAUUUGAAAUUCUUUUCUGUUUCUUUCUUUCUUUUACUGUUCCAUUGUAUGCUAACAACUCAUGUAUUAUUAGUCACGAGAAUUGCUGUACAAACAGUUCACACAUGCUUUUAACCACAAUUUAAUUUGCAUUCAUUUCUGAGUUCUUUAUAUGAAUAUCCUUUAGGCUGACUAGAAUGUAGUGGCAUGUUGAUGUACUAUGAUUUCUGUUUGAUACUUUCUUUUCCUGGAUCA